UAUUAUUGCGUGUAUACGGUACACAAUCGCAUCGCAGUGUGGUCUGCUAACGCCGUGAUGCAAGGCUAGGGAAGUUUCUGAAUUCCUGCCGAUUCUGAUGUGAAUAAACACUAAAUAUUUCAAUUUCCCAUAUUGAAAAUAAAUGGGCAGGAAUGGCGGAUGUACUAUCAACAACGGUCGAGCCCAGGCGCCAGAUCUCGAGUUUGAUCUCAAUUCUUCAGAUAGCAGAUUCUGGUUUUCCAACGGGAGCAUUCUCACAUAGUGUUGGCUUUGAGGCAGCCAUGAAGCAAGGUCAUAUCUAUGACCAACAGUCCUUCAAGAACUUCAUCGUUGGGGCGAUGGAAAAUGCAGGGUCAUUUAGUCUACCGUUCGUCAGAGCUGGAUAUGAGAUGAGUGAGAAUAUGACAGCAAUCAUCUCUUUGGAUCGUUAUUGUGAUGCCUGUAUUACCAAUCAUGUUGCUAGCAGGGCAAGCUCGCAACAGGGAAGAUCCCUCAUAUUAACAUCUAGUGAAACAUUUCCUGAUCAGAGGAUCAAAAACCUAAUGAACUCGAUUAGUGAACCUGGAAUGAAGGGCCACCAGGCAGUUAUGUUUGGCUGUCUGUGUGCCUAUUUAGACAUCCCUAUCGGAGACUGUUUAGAAGUGUUCAUCUUCAAUAUUCUCAAGAUCCUUUGUGCGAGCGUGGUGAAGCUGGGGCACAUUGGACCUUUACAGGCCCAAAGGAUUCAAUAUGAACAUCAAAAGAACAUUGCAAACAUUGUAGACAGGAAUCGUGAUCGAGGCGUUGAGGAGAGCUGUAUAUCUUUCCCACUUGUUGACAUUUUUCAGAAUACCCAUGAUACGCUCUUCUCAAGGCUGUUCUGCUCAUGAUGCCAUCGGAUGACCCAUGCUGCAGCUUAAGAUAAAUAGAUGGUCCAUGCUGCAUAUUUUUUUUGACCAUUUUGUAAACACAUUUCAGUUAUUAGCUGCUGUACAUUUAUGUGUGUUGUUUCUGAAAUAAAUAAGUUAUGAAGGUACAUGUAUUAAGAAAAAAGAUGUCCCGUGCUGCAACUUAAGAAAAAAUUUGGUCCAUGCUGCAUUUUUUUUGGCCAUUUUGUAAACACAUACAUUUCAGCUAUUAGCUGCUGUAUGUGUAUUGUUGUUUCUGAAAGUCAUGAAUAUAUUAAGAAAAAAGACGUUCCGUGCUGCUACUUCAGAAAAAAGAUGGUCUAUGCUGCAAAUUUAUUUGUUAAUUUUUGACCAUUUUGUAAACACAUACGUUUCAGCCAUUAGCUGCUGUAUGUGUAUUGUCGUUUCUGAAAUAAAUAAAUCAUGAAUGUAUUAAGAAAAAAAGAUGUCCCAUGCUGCAACUUAAGAAAAAAGAUGGUCCAUGCUGCAAUUUUUUUUUGACCAUUUUGUAAACACAUACAUUUCAGCUAUUGGCUGAUGUAUGUGUAUUGUCGUUUCUGAAAUAAAUAAAUCAUGAAUGUAUUAAGAAAAAUGUCCCAUGCUGCAACUUAAGAAAAAAAAGAUGGUCCAUGCUGCAUUUUUUUUUUUGACCAUCUUGUUAACACAUUUCAGUUAUUGGCUGCUGUAUGCAUAUUGUUGUUUCUGAAAUAUAUGUUUAAGAAAAAAGAUGACCCAUACUGCAACUUGAGACAAAAGCUGACCCAUACUGCAACUUGAGACAAAAGCUGACCCAUAUUGCAACUUGAGACAAAAGCUGACCCAUACUGCAAC